UUCAUUGGCUUUGCAUACGAAAUCUUCCUCCCUCCAAAAUCCAUUAAGAAAUCCAGUAAUAAAAUCGAGAUCAGAAAAACCUACAUUUGAAACCCGAGAGAAAAGGAAUUCCUUUGUAUUGUUCAAAGAACCUGCAUUGAAUUAAAAAAAAAAAAAAAUGGAGAGUUCUGAUAAAGGAUUUUCAUCAUCAAACACUCCCAGAUCUCCUCUGGCUCCAAAAUCAUCACCUUCAGGCUCAAGAGAAAACAAUGAGAAUGUUACAAGUCAAGACCAAAUGAUCUCCAAGUUGCAUUAUCCUAAGAAACCAGUAGCAAAACAUUUUAUGUCACCCACUAUAUCGGCAUCUUCGAAGGUUUCGGUUCCAAGAAAGAAAAUUUUGGCUGAGAGGAAUGAAUAUUCAAGCUUAUCCGAUACCCAAAUUUGGAAAACUCAAGACAUGGAUAUGAAAAAUAGUAUUGGUCACUAUGAUCUAUCCCCAUCUUGGUUUAUUCCAUCUAAAAAUUGUGACCGUGUGUCAAAUGAUGAUGGUGUUGUUACUGAUUCAUCUUUGAAGCCUUAUGACCCUUUGACAAAUUACCUCUCCCCGAGGCCUAAGUAUCUGCGGUACCAUCCAAACAAACGACGUCUGAUCUUUCACCGCAAAGUAAGUGAGAGCAGAGAGGGAAAAGAUGGUACAGGACCUGGGGAAGAGGAAUCUUUAGCAGAUGCUCAAGAUUCCUUAGUUCAUGCUCAAGAGAACGAAGAAAAUCUAGUGGAAGUAGAUGGUAAUACCGAUGAUGAUGAUGAUGUGGAGGAGAACGAGGAAGAGGAGGAUGACGAAGUUGGGGAGUAUGAGGGAAUAGGAUGGAGUUUGAGAGGAGUACUGAAAUUUCUUCUGACAUUUUAUUUAUGUUUUCUGUCAAAGACAUAUAUAUAUUCUACGAACUCUUCUACACCAUCACCAAGUCAACAAGCCAUUUUGAGUUUCAAAGAUGAUUAUACUAUGAUUCAGAAUCAAAUAUGUGAACCUGCAUAUAUGGAAGUUUAUGGAGGUGAUUUCUUGGAAGUGGAAGAGAGAGAUAGUGAACUUGAGGUCCAUAACAUACUAAUGGCUGAAGGGGAUAAUUUGGAAACUGUGGACAGUGGUGAUGCAGAAAUGGUUGAAGAAGACGAGUUGGAUAUGGAAAAAAGGAAUAGCGAGACUGUUGAAUCUCCCUGUGAUUAUGAAAUGAGUAAGAAUGGUGAGCCUUAUAAUGUACAAAUGAUUGAAGUCGAUAAUGUGGAAAAGGUCAAGAAUAGUGAGGUAGAAUUGGUUGAAGUCGAUAAUGAGGAGAAGGUCAAGAAUAGUGAGGUAGAAUUGGUUGAAGUCGAUAAUGAGGAGAAGGUCAAGAAUAGUGAGGUAGAAUUGGUUGAAGUCGAUAAUGAGGAGAAGGUCAAGAAUAGUGAGGUAGAAUUGGUUGAAGUCGAUAAUGAGGAGAAGGUCAAGAAUAGUGAGGUAGAAUUGGUCGAAGUCGAUUGUGUGGAAAGAAUUGAGAGUAGUGAGGCAGAAAUGGUUGAAAAUGACAUGUCGGAUAUGGAGGAUAGUAAUACGGAGUCUGUUGAAUAUGACUGUGAUAAUGAUGUGGCUAAGACUGGUGAAUUUUCUGAAGAGGUGUCACCUGCAGUAGUUGUCGAAAGCAAGGUUAUAGAAGGUUGUGAAGUAGAGUAUAUAGAAGGUUGUGAAGUAGAGUAUAUAGCAGAGGCAAAAACUGCUCAAAGUGAUGGUGCUGGUAGCUAUGAAUUGGUGAAAGAAGUUAAGGGUUCUGACCAGUUGAAGAAGCCCGACUCAUUCCAAGAAGACCAGACGCCACUGAAUACUGAAGGGGUGAAUCAGCCUGAUACGGAACUUCUAGAAUCACAUGAGAUGCCUGUCAACUUGGUCGAUAAAGAAUUUGAUUACGGUGAUGAAACAGAGAAAGCUGGAUCUAAUAUCCUAGUUGUUGCUGGAGUUUCUAUAUUCUCCAUAAUUUUGGCAUCUCUAGCUUUUUUUUGUCGUCCAAGGAAAGGUAAAACUACUUCUAUAGAAGAUUCUCAGCCUACGGUAAAGCCACUUAAGUCUAGAGUAGAGGAUAAAAUAACACGAGUACGUCUUGCAGUGGAGAAAGUGCACAUCGAGAAGACAAUAACCUCAGGAUUUUCUGAUGAGGAGGAAGAGCACAUUAGAAAGGAAAUUGAAUCUUCUACUAGGCCUUUAACCUUGUCUAAUUCAAUAGCAGAAGCACCCCAAGAAGCCAGCUGUUUCAUCCAUGCGCCAACCAUUGAGUUGCUAGGAGAAUUUGUGAUUAAAGGAGUCUGCAGCUCCCACAAGAAAAUCCCGGUGCUUGAAUCUGAAGAGAGCAAUGCUUCUCACAAGGGGUCAAAAUCUAGUCCAGUGUCUGUUCCUUCUCAAACAUUCACACGGGAGAAUUCUAGAAUCGUCUUCAUAUGGAACCUUUGCUGAUGAAAGGAAGAUUUUAAAGGAAAAGGGAGGCAAAUAUGGAGAACCCAAGAUAGAUUUCAGUACUCCAGUUAGGCGGUCGAGUCGAAUUCGCAACCGCACAGUCAUGUCUCCAUGAAUCUUCAUCACUCUUCCACUGGACUAGAUGAAGAGGUUGUUUACUUCUAUUUACUUUAUAUUAUCUUCCUACAAUCUGUGUAGGAAAUGGUUGUUUGAUUAGAUUAGAUGGAUGUUUCUUAAUUCAGAUAAUUAGUCUACAUUUUGUC